GCCCUCAGGAAUUCAUUCUUUUCAAGAGUAAUAAGAACCCAGUAAAAUUUUCUCCUUCUUCAUCUUCCACUGCCUCUGUGAUUAUAUUGAUGCUUCUUCUCACAGCAAAACCCAACUGAUUUCUCAAUUGCUAAGGGGUUGAACAACUCUUCAAUUGAAAGAAGAGCUUGUGAACAACUGGAGCCGUAGCUAGAUCAGAUUUAUCAUGUUUACAGUUAUCCGCAGACACUAAAUCUUUAGCUGUCUGUACAAAAUCAGAAACUGGAUCAAACGGUUCCGAAGAAAAGUGGGGAAUCUUUCUUAGAGCUCGACCAUGAACGAUUUUAAUUCUGAAAGAUCAAAACCAUGGAACAUAUACACAACUUCAGAGCCAGGUCCACCACAAGCAAUGGUUGACAAGGAAGCUCCAUGGAGAAGUUUUGGGACAUCUAUGAAUGCCAUUUCUUUUGGUUUUGUUGCCACCGCCAUUUUGAUCUCAAUGUUCCUCAUAAUGGCCAUAUUUGAACAUCUGUUCAAACCAACUUCACAGUAUUCUUCACCAGAGUCUUUGCUGGAUUCCCUGGAAUCAGGAACAACCGGGAAACGCGGAAAUAGACAAACUGUUUCAGCAUCUUAUGCACCAGAUUUGUCAGUAAUGAUGCCUGGGCAGCAAUAUCCAACCUUCAUAGCCAAACCUGCUCCUUUGCCUUGCUCAAGGGAAGGGAUUCAUUGGCCUUCUCAUGAACAAUGUUUUGUAUUUGAUUAGCUUUUAUUUUGUGGUUAAAUUCUAGCUUACAUUCUACCAAAAGCUGUG